CAGACUACCAAGCGAUCUACACAUAUACAACAACGGCCGUCACUAGACUAGGACACCGUGCCCUCAAUUACCGCAGCAACAGUCUGCCGCGUUUGCUUGUACCGAUUGGUGCAUCUGACUGCAUCUUCAGCAGUUAUACAUAAUACAACUUGAGGAUCAACGUGAAACACCAGCCACACGAUAAUCGAAUACUUUCGGCUCGAAGCGGCCACAGAGCAACUUCCAGCUCCGACAAAAGCUAUCGGAGUAUGUCUCUGAACAGUAGCACUAUGUCGCGCCGGCAGGCGGUGGCCGGGGCCCCGGCAGUGGCGCCGUUCCGACACGCCGGGCUGUUCCCGCGCGUCAGGCUCUGCGCGAACCGCCGGGUGGCGCGUGUGGCGCCGAAGGCAGCGGGCAACGGCAAUAUCGCACAGGGCGAGCAGGGCUUUGACACCCUCUUCCUCUCGGACAUCUCCCUAGUGGGCCAGCGCACGCCUCUGCUGCUGGGCUUCUUCAACUACUUCGAGCGCCACCUCCCGCAUGUGGGCUUCUUUGAGCCCAUUGCCGCCGAGGCGCUAGCGUCGUCGGAGCUGCGUAUUGACCGCCACGUUGAGCUAGUGUACAAGGUGUUUAACCUCAAGGGCGACGUGCGCGCCAUGACGGGCGUGCAGGACGCCGAGGCCGCGCGGAUGAUCGCCAACGGCCAGCACAGCGAGCUGCUGGACAAGAUCUACAGCCAGUACGCCUCGUACAAGGAGGGGCAGGACCUGGUGCUGGUGGAGGGGCCAGGCCCGCUCAUGGGCGGCACGGAGCUGGACGCGCAGAUCGCCGCCGCCCUGAACGCGCCCGUGCUCAUGACUAUGACCGGCCAGCCCAACGCGACCGUUGCCGACUACUACAACCGUGCGAUGGUGAAGCGGCAGGUGUUCCUGGACCACCACGUGGAGGUGCUGGGCCUGGUCAUGAACGGGCUGCCGCGCCAGUCUCACGCCAUCCUGUCCGGCCAGCUCCGGGACAAGUUCGCGGCGGCGGGGCUGCCCUUCGCCGGCGCCAUCCCCACCGACAUCAUGCUGCGCAACGUCCGCCUGGACGAGGUCCAGACCGCCAUGGGUGCCCAGCGGCUGUACGGCGACAGCCUGCUGACGGACGUGGAGUUCGACGACGUGGUGGUGGCCAGCCAGCGCCUGGAGGAGCUGCUGGAGAUCCUGGCGGAGAGGCCCAUGGGCAGGCCACUCGUGGUCACCUCCGCGGACCGCCUGGACAUCGUGCUGGGGCUGCUGGCGGCACAGCUGUCCGUGUCGGGCCCCGGCGUGGCCGGCAUCCUGCUGACGCAGGCCGGCUCCGCCCGCUCCGGCCGCAACUACGCGCGUGACACCAUCGACCGCAUCUUCGCCGGCCUGUCAAGCAGCGGCCUGUACAAGGGCAGCCUGCUGCCGGUGCUGGUGACGGACAUGCCGCUGCGUGACGCCAUCAGAAAGCUGGACAACCUGGACGCCGCCAUCCUGCCCUCAUCCACGCGCAAGAUCUCGCAGUGCAAGCGCCUGUUCGAGCAGUACGUGGACGCCAACGCGGUGGUGGCGCGGCUUCAGAACAUGGUGCGCCCCAACCGCAUGACGCCCAAGAUGUUCAUGCACACGCUCAAGUCCAUGUGCAACGCCACGCCCCAGCACAUUGUGCUGCCCGAGUCGGAGGACAAGCGCGUGCUGGCGGCGGCGGCGGACGUGGUGCAGCGCGGCCUGGCCAAGAUCACGCUGCUGGGAGACCCCACCACCAUCCUGGCCGAGGCGGCCAAGCUGGGCCUGGACCUGUCCGGCUGCAACAUCCACAACCCCAACACCUCGGACCGGUUUGACAAGUACGUGGACAUGCUGGUGGAGGCGAGGAAGAAGAAGGGCAUGACGCGCGAGGUGGCGGCCGACACGCUGCACGGCGACGUGAACUUCUUUGCCACCAUGAUGAUCGUCGCGGGCGACGCCGACGGCAUGGUGUCGGGCGCGGUGCACACCACCGCCUCCACCGUGCGCCCCGCGCUGCAGGUGCUCAAGAGCCCCGACACCCCGCUGGUGUCCUCGGUCUUCAUCAUGUGCCUGCCCGACCGAGUGGUGGUGUACGGCGACUGCGCCGUCAACGUCAACCCCUCCGCCGCCGACCUGGCGCAGAUCGCCAUCACCUCCAACGACACCGCCGCGGCCUUCGGCAUCGAGCCGCGCGUGGCCAUGCUGUCCUACUCCACGCUGGGCUCCGGCUCCGGCCCCGACGUCCAGAAGGUGAGCGAGGCUGUGGCCAUCGUGAAGCAGCGGCGGCCGGACAUCAAGGUGGAGGGACCCAUCCAGUACGACGCUGCCAUUGACCCCAAGGUGGCGGCGGUCAAGGUGCAGGGCCUAAGCGAGGUGGCGGGCAAGGCCACCGUGUUCAUCUUCCCCGACCUCAACACCGGCAACAACACGUACAAAGCGGUGCAGCAGUCCACGGGUGCCAUCGCCAUGGGCCCCGUCAUGCAGGGUCUACUCAGGCCCGUGAACGACCUGUCCCGCGGCUGCACGGUGCCCGACAUCAUCAACACCAUCUGCGUCACCUCCAUCCAGGCCUCCCGCAUGUCAUCCGCCGCUCGCGCCGCGGCUGCCAAGGCUGCCGUCGCGGCCGUUUAAGGCAGCAGCAGCACGCCGCGGGCAGCACGCCGGGGGCAGCUAGUUGGGUGGGCAUUGACAGACAAAGCGGCCGGAACAGGGAUAUAUGCGCGCGAGCCCGUUUCGCUGGCUGAGCAAGCCAGGAGGCAGGGUCACAGGUUGUGCCGGCGAAACGAGCGCAGGCAAGAGGCGGCCGGGCGUGGAACGCUGGCUGGUGUUGGGCUGAUGGGGCUGAUCAUGGAGCAGUGCCGCUUGCAUCUUCGGGGAGCAGUGCCGCUUGGCCAAUGACAGGGCGCUCUUGGUUGUGUAGGGCGGGCGCUUGCGUGCGCGGUGACCGGGGCGGUGCUGAGGGGACGACGUGGUAAUAGCACAUGGCAAUUCAUAGGUCGAGUGCUUCAUUAACAGGUUUGGUUUUGCUUAGUGUCGUGCUUGGGUUAUAUGUUUGUUGCUGGCGCGCAGGGCACUAAGGCUGAGCUGGUGGCCUAGGUGGUGUCGAGUCUGGUGAUGCCGGGUGUCGUGAGAUGAGAAGGGCGGUGGCGGUGGACAACAGCAGGUAGAAUACCGUACAGCCGCCAUGAUGCAGAUAUCACGAAGAUAAUAAGGAACUUUGGCCCGGCCACGUCCGGCUUGGUGCUAUGUGUUUGCAUUAUUUUUUGGUGUGCAAGGUUGCCCGAAAAGCAAGCCAUGGCUUUGCGCAGUAUGACUUCUGUACGUCGUAAAUGUGCUACAAAGACACAGCAGACGGCGAGCCGUCAUAAAGAGCCUGUCACCGUUGUCCAUUUCUGUAGCGGCUCGCUCUCACGCCUCUUUCUUCCUGGUCCGAGCGCAGACCUGCUACAACUGCGGGUGUCAGGAGAUGGCCAUCAAGCGGCUUGGGGGGCUGAAGGAGGGGCAGCGGCCCUGGUCAGUCAAAGUCUGCAACGACUGCUUGACGACCUGGGUGAGGACCGUGCAUGUGCGGGGACGGCUGGGCACUGGGGACGGAUUGAUUGACAGGUUGACGGUUGAAACAGCUCAUGUGCGCUCUCUUCUUCCUCCCCGUUCCCCAUCCCCAGAACCGCGACGUCUCCGCCGCCAACGUGAUCCGUGUGCUCCUCCUGCUGAAGCUGAUGGGCUUCGAGCGGCCGACCAAGCUGCAGCGGCCACCAUGGCCGCCGGCGGUGGCGGGGCCGGGCUGAGAGCCUGAACGGCGCUAGCAGGGCGUGGGGCUGAGGGUGCACGUGCCGAUUGGCGGCGAGUGACGUGACUAGUUUGUUAGCUGCGGGUUAGCACGGACUGUGCACCCCACCCAACCGGCCACGUCCGGAUUUGCGGGGAUGCCAAAGGCCCCCAACAUAGAGGCGUGUGCUUAGUAGGCGCCCGCGUCAAGGUGGCGGGGUUAAUAACGACCCGGGAUCAGCCCUUUUCCUGCCAUAAGGCAGCCACCUCCUUGUUUGGUGUGCAAAAGAAUGAAUGCAAUAAAUGCCAAAUUAUUGCAUGCGGGUCGCCGACACCAUGAUGGUCAGGGAUGGCCGACACCGUACGUGGUCAUGUGAAGUGACAUUACAACUUGAGAUGGCCCUUACGUGGCUCUUCCACUGAUGAGUGCUAUGUAGUGGGCAUGACUGGGAUAUGAACUGUCUACCAGCGUGUCGAAUCCGAUAGAAAGAGACGAGCGUGCGAGGAUUGCAUCGGAGCGCCCUGCAUUGGUGCUUGCACGAGGCAUCAGGGCUGGGGGGAGCGAGCUGCCUUGAGGGAAGGGCGUGGAUGUUGUUGGGAAAGGCAUCACCGGGUAAAUUGUGUCCGUGUAACAAUUGAAACGG